AUGUUAAGAAUAGACAAAUGCAACUUUGGAUCAGCCCUAAAUCCACUGACCACCAAGCCAGUUGAUGUUAUACGCUAUGUUAUGACCAACAACAACAAUAUGAAGGUAGCUGUCUUGACACGGGGCGCAGUAAUACAAAUGAUUAAAUGCCCCGAUAAACAUGGCAAUAUUGAAGAUAUUUGCUUAGGUUUUGAUAAUGUCCAGGGUUAUAUAGACAAUAAAACCACUUAUAUAGGAGCCACAAUUGGUAGAGUAGCAAAUCGUGUGGCUCAGGGUAAAUUCACAAUGGAUGAAAAAGAAUGUUGUGUCAGUAAAAACUGGAAAGACAAACAUCAAGUAAAUGGUGGCUUUAUAGGGUUCGAUAGUGUGAUUUGGGAAGUAAUUGAAGAGAAUGAUAAUGGCAUUGUUAUGCAGCAUAUAAAUCCCCACGGUUUAGAAGGUUACCCUGGCCAACUAACCACCAAUAUAACAUUUACCUUAGAUGAUGAUAAUAAUUUUGGGGUGUGUAUUGAAGCUAAAGCAAAUCGAAAAACUCCUGUUAAUAUAACGAAUCUUUUGUAUUUAAAUCUGGCUGGUCAUAAUGCAAGAAAAGAAGGCCUCUACCAGCAUAAUAUGAUGAUAAAAAGUAAUAAAAUUAUUGAUUGUGACAAUGAGCAAAUACCAACUGGCUGUUUAAUGCCUGUCAAGCAUACACCAUACGAUUUGAGGAAAUAUGUUAAUUUAGGAAAACGCCUUAAAAAGUUCUUUAGUCAUGCUAUCAAAGGUUUUGACCAUAACUAUUGUAUAGAAGGUGUCUGUGAUGGCAUUAUGAAGCCUAUUGCCAAAGUUAUACACCCCUGUACUGGUAGAUUUUUGGAGGUUUCAAGUAAUCAGCCCACGGUUCAAUUCCAUACUUGCAAUGAUUGGCCUGAUAUUGAUAAAGCCGGGGUAGAGCCUAUAAUUGGUAAAUCAAGAGGGGUAUAUGCCCAAUAUGGAGCUUUUUGUUUGGCAACACAAAAAUACCCUGAUGCUAUGAAUAAUUCAAACUUUCCAUGUGUGUUUAUUGGGCCAAAGCAGACCUAUUGUCAUAAGGUGGUAUAUCAUUUUGGUUGUUGUGAAUAA